AUGGAGUAUCAUGGUUUUUACAAGGGCUGCUCCUCCAGGAGAAUUUCUGCAGUUGUUCUACAGGAUCAUGUAAUACACAGUCAUCAGCUGCAGGACCUUUCAGUAGCAGAUACUAUUAAUGCAAGGAUAAGGAAUAACAAGAACAUUUACAAAAUGGUCAGAUCAGUAGUAGAUACUGGACUAAGAAAAAAGAGCAUUCAUCACAAAAACAAGAAAGAGGCAGAAAAGGGGUAUGUUCUUGAUCCCAGACCUCCACAGUUAAUGCUGGUUUUUUUCCUUGAAAAACAGGUGCUGCUUUCAUGUUCACAUGUAUUCCAUAAAGUGUGCCUUAAAGCCUUUGGAAAAUUUGCAGGUAAAAAGUCUUCUCCCACGUAUUGAAAAGAGCAGUAUGAGAACAGAGAACCACAUGAAGGGGCAUGCUUGUUUAAAAUAAAGGUAAGGCUAAAAUUGCAGGCUUCCUGAAGAGGAUAUAUUAGAAAAUGGUAUAAAAUCAUAAGAAAAAGAGUGCCUCCUAAGGACAUCAAAUUAAGAAAGCAAUUCUUUGAGAAAAUGAAUCACCACUUUAGUGAAAGAGAGGAGUGCUUGCAGAAAAAGGCUUGUUAG